AUGUCGAUGCGAGUCGCGCUUUCCCGCAUCGCCCCUGCCCUCUACACCGCUCGCGGCGCUCCGGUUACGGCGCGUCGGACUCCCUUCGCUCGCGGUUACGCUUCUCAGGCCGAGCACACGGUACUUGUCCGCGACGCUCUCAAUGCCGCGCUGGAGGAGGAGAUGUUGCGGGAUGACCGGGUGUUCAUCAUUGGUGAGGAAGUCGCGCGUUACAAUGGCGCAUACAAGGUCACGAAAGGCCUGAUGGACAAGUUCGGAGAGAAACGCGUCGUGGAUACCCCCAUUACGGAGAUGGGCUUCGCAGGUCUCGCAAACGGAGCCGCGUUCGCUGAUCUGCGACCAGUUUGCGAGUUCAUGACGUUUAACUUCGCCAUGCAAGCAAUUGAUCAGAUCGUCAACUCGGCAGCCAAGACGCACUACAUGUCUGGUGGUUGUGUGCACUGUCCGAUUGUUUUCCGCGGUCCCAAUGGGGCUGCAGCUGGUGUAGCAGCGCAACACUCCCAAGACUACGCGGCAUGGUACGGCGCUAUCCCAGGUCUGAAGGUUAUCAGUCCUUGGAGUUCGGAGGAUUGCAAAGGCCUGUUGAAGGCUGCCAUUCGCGAUCCCAGUCCAACCAUCUUCCUCGAGAACGAGAUGAUGUACGGCCAUAGCUUCCCAAUGUCUGCCGAAGCAAUGUCCGACAACUUCGUCCUUCCGAUCGGCAAAGCCAAGGUCGAGCGCGAGGGUUCCGAUGUGACUAUCGUCGCGCAUAGUUUAAUGGUCUCGCACAGUCUCGAUGCGGCAGAAGAGCUCGCGAAAGAGGGUAUCAAGGCGGAGGUCAUCAACUUGCGCACCAUCCGCCCGCUCGAUAUUGAGACCAUCAAGGCGUCAAUCAAGAAGACCAACCGCCUGGUCACGGUCGAGGGUGGCUGGCCUGGGUUCGGUGUCGGCAGCGAGAUCUGCGCGCAAGUCAUCGAGAGUGAAGCGUUUGACUAUCUUGAUGCUCCAGUGGAACGCGUCACUGGCGCAGAUGUCCCUGCACCGUAUGCGCUUAACCUCGAGCAGCUCGCUUUCCCGAACCCUCCACUCAUUGCGAAGGUCGCGAGGCGUGCUUUGUACAGGACCAACUAG